AAACGCAACAGCUGAAACUACCAAAAUGUGUGUUGUCCGUUGACGCUGGAUAACAAUUUCGAGGGUGAUUUUGAAUUUAUACGGCACAUUGUUUAGUCUACACGCAAUAUUUUAAUAAAUAUGUGCCCUUAGAAAAAGGAAUUACGUGUUUCCGUUUUACUUGCCAUUAUUUCCGUUAACGGCUCGCGUUUAGGCGGAUCUGAUCAAUCGUCAAAAGUUGUUUACGGAAGAAGCGGGGACAAUGGCAUCAUUCCGGAUUCACGAAGAUCAAGAAAAUGCUUCUCUGGCGGCCAGAAAAGAAAAUGCCGAUGUAUUUUCGGCUGCUCAGCGGCGCGCCCUCGGCGACCUCAGUCAUUUCGCCUGCAAUCAGAACCGGAAUAUCAAAUUGGCCGGAUUGACAAAUGGACCUUGCAAAGUCCAAGAUGAGACACGGACAGUGCGUCAAAUUAAAAAUGAAAAGAAUAUUGUGCCCCCUGUGGCGCAAUUUCGCGCCUUCAGCGUGUAUGAAGACAAACCAUCGGAGGUGGAAGUCAAAAAACGCGAGCCAACUUUCAAGCCCUUCGUUGCCAAGGACACCAAAAAAGAGAGCUUCUUUAUCAGCGCUGCAGAAAACGUGCGCACCCUUUGCGCUCAGGUUGAGAAGCAGUCAGAGCGGCCUACUGAAGCACCUCCAAAGAGACUGCCGUUGCAAGAUAAAAAAGAUGUGGGGGAAUCACCCAUGUCUGUUGGAGAUGCUAGUAUCCUUUCAUCAAUGUCAAUCUCCAAGAAUGAGAGCAAGAUUCUUGAAAUUACUGUUGAAGAUGAUGAGGAAGAUACAACCACUGCACAGACAGAUAGAGAAAUGUUCUUCCAUGUUGUAGAAUAUCGGCAGGAUAUUUAUGAAUACAUGAGAGAAAUUGAGGUAAAGCAUAGAGCAAAACCAGGUUACAUGCGGAAACAACCAGACAUCACCUAUGUGAUGCGUUCAGUGCUUGUAGACUGGCUUGUGGAAGUGUGUGAUGAAUACGGCCAGCAGAGUGAGACUCUACACCUUGCGGUUUCCUACGUCGAUCGGUUCCUGUCUUACAUGAGUGUGGUUCGCACGAAACUGCAACUCGUCGGGACCGCGGCCACUUAUAUUGCGGCGAAAUACGAGGAAGUGUACCCUCCAGAGGUGUCCGAGUUCGUGUACAUUACGGACGACACGUACACGAAGCGCGAGGUGCUGCGCAUGGAGCACCUCAUCCUGAAGGUGCUCUCCUUCGACCUGUCCACGCCUACUUCGCUCGCGUUCCUCUCUCACUACUGUAUCUCCAACCAGCUGCCUAAGAAGACCUUCCAUUUGGCGGCCUACAUCGCGGAGCUGUCGCUGCUGGAGGCGGACCCGUACCUGCAAUACAAGCCGUCCGUGAUCGCGGCCGCGGCGCUCGCCACGGCGCGCCAUUGCCUGCACUGCCGCCGCUGCGACAAGCCCAGCCACGACGCCGAUACCAUUCACAGCGAGUGCCUGCUGGCGGCGUGGCCGGCGGCGCUGGCGUCGUGCGCGGGCUACAGCGCCGCCGAGCUGGCGCCGGGGCUGCGCGAGCUGGCGCGCACGCACGCGCACGCGCCGCGCCAGCCCUACCAGGCCAUCGUCGACAAGUACAAGACCAACAAGUACGACAGCGUGUCGUCGAUCCCGGCGCGGCCGCUGUGCUUCGUGGCGCCGUACACGCCGCCCGCCGCCGCCGCCGCCUCCUCCUCCUCCUCCUCGAGGGAGAGCUCCCGCUGCAGCUAACCCGCCCGAGUCGCGCGGCCCACUUCCACUGGUCUACGUUUUAAUUGAAGCAAACUGACGGGUGUAGUUUUAGCAUUUUAUAAAACUACGGUGACCGCGGUAUUUUACCCGAUCCGUCGACUGCCGUGCCGGGUCCGUUUUACCUAAAUUAAUGUGUAGUUUAACAAAAAUAUUGUUAACGGAGAUGGACCUCUUGUCCGGCGACGACUGCGGCGCUACGUUAGUUAUUCUUAUUUUGAAUUCGUGUUUAUCUAGAGCGGCAUGUGCUUUUUGAGGUUCCGUCCUGGAAAAGAUUUAUAAACUAAUAUUGAAGUGAUAUUUUGAUAUGGGUAUUUAAUAAAAAGAGGUUUCGUGUCUAGAACGCGAUUAAGGGGUAAUUUUCAUCGCGUAAAAAUAAAACACUACGUAGUUUGCUCCAGUAAAAACAGACUGAAAAUACGCUUAAGCAAGGUAACAUUAGCCACUUUCGACUUAGUGCGUUACUGCUACGAAGACACUUUCGAAUCUUCCGCGAAUCACUACGCACUAACUGUAGUCUUUUUGCUUCUUAAUUAAACGGAAAACAUGAUUUGCAUUCAACGUAGAUGUAACGAAGAGUCGAAAGUUUUAAAUGUGACUGCCAAUUAAUUAAACUUAGAGUGGGCUAAAAUUUCAUACUAAUCUGGUGUUUCUAAAUAGAUGUUGAUAAAUUCGUAGGAUACUUGCAUAUGUUAGUAUGUGUACACUACGGGCAUGUACCUAAUCAUGUUAAUAAUUAAUAAUCUAAUGGUAUCAAUUCCUAUUAUGUGAUUGUCUGUUUUGUAUAUUGUGAUGUCUUGCUUUGUCUUCGCCAAGUUUGUAUGGAAUUGAUUGACUCGUAGGUGUUAGUAGUAUAAUUUCUUCGGUGCCGGAGUCAUUAUUGCGCGCACCAAAGUUCCCAAGACACGAAUUUCCAGAUCCAGUAAAGAUGCGUUUGGGACCAAUUUAUACGGAAGUGACAAACUAUAUAAAGUAUUUCAUAUCCUUCAGUACCUGGCAAGUAACUAUACUAAGAUUUCAUAUGUAGCGCGGAUUUUGAAAUACGCGCAUUUCGCUAUAGAUUUAAAUAAAACAUGACUGACUUGUGACUUGAGAGUGACCCAGUAAACUUGCAUUUACAAAUAUUUUACAAGUAGUAACUCCUAUUGAAACUAAGAUUUCAGUUCUCUAGAUAUUGAAUACUGUGUGAAUUAUUAUGAUAGUUUUAGUAUUAACAGUUUCCUAUGGAAAUUUUAAUAAAGACUUCUGUUAGUUUGUGCUAACAUUGAAAUAUAAGGUGCGACGUGGGUAGUACUAGUACUCCGCUACACCUUUGAAUGCACGAAAUAGCUAAGAUCACAUUGUACAGAUUUAAUAUUAAGUGUUAUAAUUUUUAUUUUGUAAUUCUUUUGUGUUCAUCUAUUUUACAGUUUUCCCACAUUUUUACCGCGUUGAUCAUUCUUACUUAGAUCAGCUUUCAUUUAUACAAUUAAAAAUAUUGGGGUUUAAGCUCAAUACUCGGUAAUACUUUGGUUAAUUUGUCCUAUCAGAAGAUACAUACAUAAAAUCAUCGCAUUUAUUCAACAUACAUACAACAAUUACAUGCAUAAAUUAUUCAAUUCACCUGCAAUCUGAAUUAUUAUACCAAAAUACUGUGAAAAACGCGAUUCAGUUCAAACAUAAAUGUUUGUUAGUAAAUUAUUAUUUUUGAGACUUAAGGUAUGUUUUAAUGUUGGUAAUUAGUUUAUAAUGUAAUUUAAUAUAAUAUCGCAAUUUUGCUUGAGUUUUACACUAUGGAGGGUAAGUACCUAUGAGUAUAUUGAUAAUAUAUAUUAAUAUUUUGAAAUACU